AUGGGGUCUUCAUAUUCGGUCAAUCCAAAGAAAUUUUCGUUAAUUCAAAAACUUUUAAAACUGAAAAAAGUACGGCGGGUGGUACAUGACGCUUUAUGUUUCACAAAAGAGGGAGUAGAGAAGAAGGUUCUUCGGUGCGAUACGAAUAAACCCCAUUUUGGCGAAGAGAAUCCUUUCUUAUCCCACAAUAAGGAAAAGCAUGCUCAAGAUUUCCCGAUGCAAUCCUUCCAGCUUCCGGGCGGGAAAGAAAACAGGUUGGUUUCUCAGGUCGCAUGUGGAAAUGAAAAUCCUGACGGUGGUGGCGGAGGAUGCGUGCCCGAUACCCAUCGUCCUUUGGUAGGGACUCUGAUGGAUGUAUAUGAAGGCCAGUGUAGAGAGCAGGAAGGGCCCAUGCAGGAAUCACCUGGUAAGUCGAUGAAGCGUCAAGCCUUUUUUGUAGGAAAACCCCCGGAGAGUCUUUAUUCGUCUAUUAUUUCAUCCAGUGAGCAUCCUCAAAGUAUUCUUAGUAAAACAAGCAGCCUUAACAAGCUACUAGGGAAAGAAGAGGGCUUUUUUGCUCGCCAUCGUCGAUUUUCAGCGCCCAUGGCGAUUGAAUUUGAUGAUGAUGAUGAUGAAGUGGAGGAAGUUCAGAGGCAAUUGUUUAGGCGAGCCGUAUCCUUCGUGUCAACUUCAGAAGAAUCUCGGGACAAAUUAUCCACAGAGUUUGAUCCAAACGCAUCUAUGGAAUCAAAUGACGAGAACCGCAUAUGUACCGUUGUUGUGCCACUUCCAUUUUCACAUGGAUGCAGGUCUAAUUCUCAUAAAAAAUUAGCGGAAUCUCCACCACGUGGUAGUGUUGUCCAAUUUGUCUGUAGCCCAGACGUCAUGCUUGUCCCCGAUGAACGUGCCACGCCUAAGAAUAGCUCCCUUCCUGUUUAA